UCAAUAAAAUUCAACUACUCGGUAUAUAUUAUACGAUUUUCUGCCAAAAGAUUUUCACUAUUUCUUCUACCAAUAGUAAUUGCUUUCUCUUGCUCUUUCUCUUUCUCUAAGGCAGCUUUUGCAAAAAUGGCAAAGAAAUGCCAAUGUUGUGAAAUUAAGGAGAAUUACCAUUAUUGGCUUGAAUUUCCUUCAACUAAUCACCAGUUUAUCGUGAUUAUAGCUCACAAUUUCCUUCAAGAACUGAAAAUUCCUCAAAAGUUCAUAGAAUGUUUCAAAGAGGAACUGUCAACAUGGUGUACGCUAAUCGGACCAAAUGAGAACAAAUGGAGAGUAAAGUUUGUUAGUGGUACGAAAUUCUCAGAUGGAUGGGAGAAGUUUGUUAGUGAUCAUGGAGUUGAAGUCAAUGACAUUGUGGUGUUUCAUUAUGCUGGAGAUUCGUCGUUUAAAGUCUCUGUAUUCGAUAGGGAAAAUGGUUGCGAAAGGGAGGGCUCUCACUUUGCGAGUAAUACUUCUACCUCGCACAAAGUUACUUGUACGAGUACUUUGCAUUUUAAUUGGGCUGAUAACAAUAAUGGUUCGAGUACGAGUACUCCUGCUCCUGCUCCUGCUGCUGCUGCUGCUGCUGCUGUUGGAAGUUCGCAGAAACCAAUUGUGAUUGAUGAGGAAUCCCAUGACUCUGAGUAUGACUCUGCUUAUAAUGCUGAAACAAGUGAGGAUGACGAAGAUGAUCAAAAUAAUUCUGAGUACCAGCCUGUUUGGAGGCGCAGAACAAGGGCAAGAUCAGAUUACUCUACUACAGGGAAAACUCCCCAACUCGGAGCAUGCUUCAUAUCUAAUAGGAGGGACCCUACAGAUAAAGAAAAGGAAAGAGCUGUAGAAAAGGCUACCGAAUUUAUGGAGGCUAUUCAGAGGCAGAACAAGAUUCAGAACGCGCCUAUGUUUCAGAUAACCUUAAAGCCUACACAUGUUAAACAUAAGUUUCUACUGACAAUCCCAAGAAAAUGGGCAACAGAGCACAUGGUCCAAGGCACUCGAGACGUGAAGCUGCAGGUUGGAAACCGAAGCUGGAUUGUUGGAUACAGAUGGUCACUGCGAUUUCAAACUUUUCAGCACUUUCUCAAUCCAAACUGGGCGAACUUUGUGUUUGAUAAUAAUUUGGAGGUGCAUGAUUCAUGUGUGUUCGAGCUGAUUCAAGAAGGGUGUUUACCUGUCUUUAACGUCUACAUAUUUCGUGCCAUUUAUAACAUUGUUCCCUUGACACGGUCAGGUUUCAGAUCUUAAGCUAAGAGAAAGAUCAGAUAACAGUAGCAAGGAAAGUCGAAUCACGAUAACAAGUACUCUGUUGUUGCUAGAUAGCAAAGCUUAUUUGAGCUUUUACUGCUAAAUUAAAUUAUUUAGUUUGUAUUGGUGCUUGAAUGGUAGAACCCUGGAAAAUAUUUGAGUAGGAAUUAAGGCAAAAACCAUUGAUAAGUGAUUUUUAUCAGACUUGCCUAGUCUAAUAUAUUAGCCUUGCACUUUGAAUGUAUUGAUCCUGUUUGUGCAUGUAUGAUAUUUAAAGCAACAUCCCUGUUAUUCUUUGAUCUUAAUA